CAAUCGAACUGGCAGAGUACGCAGUGGAGUGAGAAAUAGCGAAGCGAGCAGGUAGUGUAGUUCUAAGUUCUAAUAGUGGGUAAUGGCACUACUUCGGCAUCUAUGCUUUCCAUCGACGACCUCGUUUCUAACACCUCAACCACUCCAGAAACCUCUACAUUCUAUUCUCUCUUUCUCUCCUCUCUCUCACGCCCUUCCACUCCGAACCACAAGAAGAAUCAACCUCUUCCACGUCUCUGCUUCAGCCCAAACUCAAUCGCCUCCUCCUGCUUCUCCUUCUACUGCUGUUACCGUUGACGCCCCACAGAAUGACGAAGAAGAAGAAUUUUCUCGAACAAGGUUGAUAGCACAGAACAUCCCCUGGACUUGCACUGCCCAAGAUAUCCGGUCUCUGUUCGAGAAGUACGGCACCGUGUUAGACGUUGAGCUUUCGAUGCAUAACAAAACCAGAAACAGGGGUCUGGCGUUCAUCUCAAUGGGCUCAGCCGAAGAGGCUCUUGCGGCGCUCUCCAAUCUCGAAUCGUAUGAAUUAGAAGGCCGUGCUAUAAAGGUUAAUUAUGCCAACCCCCAAAAGAAGAAACCUUCUUCUUCUAUACAACACAAGCCAGUGACACCAUACAACCUUUUUAUAGCAAAUUUGCCAUACCAGGCAAGGGCUAAAGAUCUUAGGGAGUUCUUUAGUUCUGGAAACUGUAAUGUUGUCUCUGCAGAAGUUAUUUUUCAUGAAAAUCCUAGACGAUCCUCUGGGUAUGGAUUUGUUUCUUUUGGUUCCAAGGAAGAGGCAGACACCGCACUUUCUUCUUUCCAGGGACAGAUGUUUAUGGGAAGGCCACUUCGAGUUGCUCGUAGUAGAAGAUUUGUGAAACGAGAAAAUAAAAUGAGUGACCAGACUGAAGAUGUAGCAAACCCAUUGAACUCCAAUUCUGAGCAAUCAGGAGAAGGUGAUGACAUCUGAGGAUAUUCCUUGCAAAUAGCGAGGUCUCAUCUGUUGCAGUCAAGCAGGUUCAGGUGUACCCUUAUGCAGCAUUCAGAUCCCGAUGUGCCCAGGGGCUACCAGCUACCACUGAUGCUUGCUGAUAUCCUUGUCUGUUUGGAUAUCAUAUCUUCAAACCAUCCGCGUUUCGCCGCAUCAAGGACAGCUGCUUUAUUCACUCCUCAAUAUCCCCUGUCCUCGUCAAAAAAUUUACUGGGCAGCUGAAACAUUAAGAAAUAAGAGAAUGUACACAUCGGGAAGUCACUUGUUUGAUUUCAAAUGGUUUCUAGAAGGUAAUAUAACUCAAGGGAGUCGUCUCACCUGCGUCUUGGGUGAACAAGGUGAUGGUGGACCAACCGAAUACGUGGUGGCCAGUGAAGAGUGUUGUUGGUAAUCACAGUAGAGGGUGAGAUGAGGUGGGAGCAGUUGGCAGAACCCAAUGGGCCCCAACUGCUCCAACCAAACCCACAUGAAAAGUACACACAACUUUGUUGCUUUUUGUGGGUCUGGUAUCUGGUGGGAGUGGGACUCCCACGCUUGAUUUGGGUAAAUCAUGCAACCUUUUAUCACUGAAAAGUAUCAUUUCUAUCACGACUUUUGGGUCAUUGGUUUGGUGGAAGUUUUGGAUCAGAUUGGGACUGGCCAUCCUCCUCCGGGAAUAGGAAUUCCAGUCAUCAGUGGAACGGAUGUUGGAGACUUGGUGCUGAAACGUGGUCUAUUACUGGGUUAAUAGAGUUGGUGGCUUUAAAUAAAAGCAAUUAUUCAUGUGCCUGUUAGAUUUUGUGAUGUGCAUGGUUGAUACAAAAAGUCCUAGAAACGUAAUUCUCUACACUUCCUCCAAACCCCUUUCAGUUGUCAAGGGACUUCAAGACACGGUUCACAGUCUACCCCAGAUGCCAAAUUUUAAGUUUGUGCAAUUGGUCACCGGACGUCACAAAUGCAUCAAACUCCGGAAAAAGAGUGCUUCCAUUGCAUACGAGGCCACGCCCUUGAAGGCAUUGGAAACUUUUUCCCUUGCCUGCUUUUAAUGUGGAAAUUUCAAACGGGACCAAGCUUGUUUUCUAAAGCCUCACCUUUUUCCCUGUAGCCUACAUUGAGUAUGAUUAAAGUGCAAAUUAUAUUAAACUGUUAGUCCUAAGUGUAAUCAUCCGCCUGUAAUUAUGAUGCUUAAAGAAAACAUUUUUCCAUUCAAAAAAGAAAGAAACGAUCCUACCACAACAACCA